UGAGUAUUUUGCUAGUUGAAGAGAAGGCCCCAAUUUGGUCCUUUUCGGUUCAUCCUCGGAGUCACGACUCACUCGGCUGUUGCGCAUGGGGCAUUGCUCAGGCUGGUCCAGUGAUGUAAUAUGAUCAGUCAUUUGAUUGGGUGUCUUUUUGGGGAACUGGAGAUCGUGCGGAUCAUGCAGAGCGACCAGUGCAUUUGGCCAAGAUGGCAGCGAAAGCGGGAGUUGGCAAAGAACCGCCCAGGAAGCAGAGCGAAGGGCUCAAGAAGUCCCUUCAUUCACUCACCGGACGCCGGUCAGAACCUGAGAGAUCAGCUGCAGAUGGUACAUCUUUUGAGCGGGCGAGGGGCGAAGCUUUGGCAGCACCGGGGUGCCAGGAGUUGUUCCGUUCAAUCUCGGUGUCAUUCAAGGCCCCACCCCUACGGCCCUGCCAGUCGCGCCAACCGCGCCAAAUUUCAGGUACGAAAAGGGGAAGAAUGUGUGGGAAUGGUGUGGGGAAAGAAACGGUGUUUAAUGCUGGGAGAGGUCAUACUCGAAUGUAAACAAUGGUAAUAAAACAUACAAAUAUGAAGCACGGUACAUACAUCUAUCCAA